CGCACACACGAGGAGUUGCGUUGUGUCUGUACAGGAUCCACGUCCCUUCUGAGGUUGAUGAAUCAGUGAGCUACCGGUGCUUGUGCAUCUGACUAAAGCAAGACACCAAACCGCCGAGCUUCAUUUUGGAAACGCAGUUUGAUCAUUUUAUGGUGGUGGCAAGCCUUGUCGAUAACUGCUUACAGGAGUAAAUAAAAGGUAAAUUUAGCUAGCAGGCUAGCUAGCUGGCCAGCUUACACUGCUUUAACGUUAGUGAAGCAACAAUAUAUAGCUGGCUAUAACACGCGAUGGACCCUCAAGAUACAGCCCCUGAUUCCUGGGAACAGGAGGACGAUGUGGAGGCCCCAGCGUUGGAUGUAUCUUCUGCGUUCAUUGGGCUCAAUGUAAAUGCACCCGAGUUUGUUCCGACCUUUUUGCAGGGAGGGCCUUCGGUAAUUCCAGUGUCUGACGGAGCAGACAUAGCUGCUAACAAGGACGUUUCAGGAGUUGUUGCAGUGGAGAAUGGCGAGACAGAAGCGGCCGUUGAGGAGACAUGGGAGGAGAAGGUGAAGCCGGACGAAGAGGAGCCAGGAGGCGGGCCCCUAGCAGAGAGCGGGGGUCCCGAACUGGACGAGGGCCUGGAGGAGCUGGAGGAAGAAGAGGAGCUGCCCGUGCCCAAGCCACCCCCCGCAAAGCCUGAUGCCCCCAAGAAGGAGCACGUCAAUGUGGUGUUCAUUGGGCACGUAGAUGCUGGAAAAUCAACAAUCGGAGGACAAAUCAUGUAUCUGACAGGAAUGGUGGAGAAGAGAACCUUGGAGAAGUAUGAGAAAGAGGCCAAAGAGAAGAACAGAGAGACUUGGUACCUCUCCUGGGCCCUGGACACCAACCAGGAGGAGAGAGACAAGGGCAAGACCGUGGAAGUGGGCCGCGCAUACUUUGAGACGGAGAAAAAGCACUUUACCAUCUUGGACGCGCCCGGCCACAAAAGCUUUGUGCCCAACAUGAUUGGCGGAGCAUCACAAGCUGACCUGGCAGUCUUGGUGAUCUCGGGCCGGAAAGGCGAGUUUGAGACGGGCUUCGAGAAGGGAGGUCAGACCCGGGAGCAUGCCAUGCUGGCCAAGACAGCCGGAGUCAAACACCUGAUUGUCCUCAUCAACAAAAUGGACGACCCCACGGUCAACUGGAGUCUCGAGAGGUAUGAGGAAUGCAAAGAGAAACUAGUGCCAUUUCUUAAGAAGGUGGGCUUCAACCCCAAAAAAGACAUCCACUUCAUGCCCUGCUCCGGCCUCACUGGAGCCAACCUCAAGGAGCCGUGUGAACUCUGUCCCUGGUACACGGGAUUACCAUUCAUUUCUCAUCUGGACAGUUUGCCAAACUUCAACAGAUCAUUAGAUGGGCCUGUUAGAUUACCCAUAGUAGACAAGUACAAGGACAUGGGAACCGUGAUCCUGGGGAAACUGGAGUCAGGCUCCAUUAGCAAAGCACAGCAACUUGUCAUGAUGCCAAACAGGCACACCGUAGAGGUCCUGAGUCUGCUCUCGGAUGACAUCGAGACGGACGACGCGAUGCCCGGCGAGAACCUCAAGCUGCGGCUCAAAGGCAUAGAAGAGGAGGAGAUACUGCCCGGCUUCAUCCUAUGCAACGCUGAGAACCUCUGCCACACAGGGAGGACGUUCGAUGCCCAGAUUGUCAUCAUUGAACACAAAUCCAUCAUAUGCCCAGGUUACAAUGCAGUUCUUCACAUCCACACCUGCAUCGAAGAGGUGCAGAUCUCCGCCUUAAUCUGUCUGGUAGACAAAAAGAGUGGCGAGAAGAGCAAGACGCGACCCCGCUUUGUCAAGCAGGAUCAGGUGUGCAUCGCCCGGCUGAGGGCAGUGGGCACCAUCUGCCUAGAAACGUUCAAAGACUUCCCCCAGAUGGGCCGCUUCACGCUGAGGGAUGAAGGCAAGACUAUUGCCAUUGGCAAGGUGUUGAAGCUGGUGCCUGAGAAGGACUAAUGUGGAGUUGCUGGACUGUCCCCUUGUGUACACUGGGAUAGAGGGGGAUGGUAUCCUAGCCUACAGUCCUUUGUAGCCAUCCCCUGCUCCACAUUAUCUACCCGCCAAGGAGCAAUUUUAACACAACAAAAAUCAUGUUUGACAAAAGGAACUGAUUGAUGUUUUUAAGAAGAACAGUAAUAUGGAAGAAUACAGUGUGUCAGCUUUCUCAUAUUGAGAGCUCAGCUAUGCCACUCAUGUAGCCCCAACUACCUUGGGUCAACCCAUCACAACUCUAACAUUUUAAAAGUAGGUGAAAUUCUCUCUUCGUGUCUUUUGGAAAGGCAGAAAGAGAUCUAGCAGAAUUUUAAUUCAGAAUAGUCAGCCAACAGUAACAAUUUAUCAGAAGUACCCAAUGCACUUGAAAAAAAUCAUGCUGAUAUGAAUGACAAGUGUGUCCGUUCAGCUCCUCUUACCCUGAAAUGAAUUGGGCCUGGAGGCACUUCCACUGUUAUGGCCUGUGUUGACCUGAAGCUGCAGUGCAAAAUAAAGUACGGAAUUGUGAAAGAACUCAAAUUUCA